AUGCUUCUGGCGUUCUGUGUGAUGGAGGGGCUGUGCGCAGGACUGUGCGCCCCUGAUGCCUCCGCCCCUGCUGGCUCCUCCACCCUCCCCAACACGGACGGCCAGCCGCUGCUGCCACUGAGCUGCCUGGGAGUGCCCAUGGAUGCUGCCAUGGGGUUGGCGCUGCUGAGUGUGAAGGCAUCGCUGGGUGUCAUGUUCACGGAUUGGAACGUGGAUGUGCCGUGUGCUCUGGCAGGGCAGGCUCUGGUACCUGGCUCGUGGUCGAGCGUUGUGCGUGACGCCGCCACCAGCAAGGUUCUGAGCCUCAAGCCGGGCGAUCUGCUGCUGCGAGGGUCUGUCAACUCCUUGGUGUCAACACUCACCUCUCUCACCAUGCUCCAGGUGCACAACAACUUCCUGUUUGGCUCCGUGCCAUCAUCACGCACUGCUUUCUCUGCCCUCUCUGAGCUUAAGAUCCAGAGCCACUACUUGACGGGCAGCAUGCCGGCAGGCCUACCUGCAUCCCUCAAGUACCUGGACGCAUCAAGUGGCCGCUGCCGGAACCAUGGACCCCCGCUCUCUGUAAUCUUACUCGACCCCCUUCAUCCUGCCAACUCCACUGCCUGGCGUGCGGGCGGCGUGUGCCACGUGUACGUGGACAAGGCAGCCAACCUCAAGAUGGCCAAACAAAUCGUGCUCGACGCCAAGAUGGACUACCCCGCUGCCUGCAAUGCCAUGGAAACCCUGCUACUGCACGAGGAGCUGGUGAAGUCGGGAGCAGCAGCAGAGCUCAUUCAAGAGCUCAAAGACAAUGGUGUAGUCCUUCACGCGGGGAAAGAAGCAGCUUCUGCUUUCAGUCUCCCUCAGGCGCCCACCCUGCACCACGAGUACGGGGCGCUGGAAUGUACGGUGGAGAUCGUGCCGGACAUUGAUGCGGCCAUCCACCACAUCCACACGCACGGCAGCGCUCCUAUGGGCACACUGGGCCGAAAAGAAGCAGCUGCUGCCUUCAGCCUCCCAGAAGCAGCGAAUCUGCACCAUGAGUACGGGGCGCUGGAAUGUACGGUGGAGAUCGUGCCGGACAUUGAUGCGGCCAUCCACCACAUCCACACGCACGGCAGCGCACACACCGACGCCAUCGUCACCGAGGACAAGGAAGCCGCGAAGAAGUUUCUGGCGUCGGUGGACAGCGCGGUCGUGGUGCACAACGCCAGCACUCGCUUCUCCGACGGCUUCCGCUUCGGCCUUGGGGCUGAGGUGGGCAUCAGCACGAGCCGCAUCCAUGCGAGAGGGCCUGUCGGGGUGGAGGGGCUCCUCACAACGCGCUGGUUGCUGAGGGGUGACGGGCAUCUGGUCAACAAGGACAAGGAGAUAGUCUACACCCAUAAAUCACUCCCUUUAAAAGACACUACGAGCCAUGGCUGCUUUCGUCGCCUCUUCCUCCGCCGCCAUUCUGACGAAUCAAGGGGCUCGGUUAUCCGCGCGCGCAAUUCCCCUGUCGAAGACCUUAUCCGGCGCCUCCCUUCGCGCCAAUCGCGUCUCUCUGCCACGUGUCACCGGGUGGUGAUUGCUGUCAACUACAAGGUGCGACGCCUGUCAAAGACAGUACCCAGUAACCAUUCAACAGUGCUUUCUCUCCUCUCCUCCCCCCCUCUCUCACACCCCCACACCCCCUCCAGCCUAUACCACUACAAGGCGUGUCCCUUUGCUCAGCGGGUGGUGAUUGCUGUCAACUACAAGGGCCUUGAUUUCAUCGAGCGAGUAGAGAUCAGUCUCCGAAGCAAGCCUGAAUGGUACACGGAGAAGGUGUAUCCGCCCGGGAAGGUGCCUGCAAUUGAGCAUGACGGGAAGGUGGUGGGGGAGAGCUUGGACCUGCUGCUGCUGAUUGAUGAGUGGUUUGGAGACAAGGGUCCAAGGAUCGUUCCCGAGGAUCCCGCCCUGGCAGCAGAGGCAUCAGCGCUUGUAGCGGCGUGCGGAGACCUGAUGAUGGCUGGAUACACGGCUCUUUCCCAGCUUUACCAGACAGGAGGCGAGAAAGAAGUGGAGGCUGCUAUGGGAUCGCAUCUAGACUCCAUUGAGGCGAGUCUGGGCAAGCACCAAGAGAAUGGGCCCUUCUUUCUAGGAAGCUUCUCAUACGUGGACAUCGCCUAUCUGCCCUUCCUGGAGCGAUUCAAGAUUGCAUUCGACCAUUUCUGCCACACCGACAUCACCAAGGGCCGCCCCAACCUGCAGCGCUGGUUUGAGGCAGCAGCAAGCAUCAAGGCAUACACAGACACAUGCAUGGAACGAGAGGCCACCAUAACUACCUACCAACAGAUGCUGGAUAACAAAUAUUUUGAAAGAGCAGGGGUUGCAAGUUCUACACCAGCUACCACAGCGGCUGCUCCUGCUGAAACAUAG